AUGAAGCCUUUGACCUGUCUUUUGCUGCUGCCCUUGGUACUGGCACAACAGUGCGAGGAGCCUGAGGAGUCCUUGUUGAUCCAGAAGAGUCAGGAAGCAUCGGUCGUCCCGAAGGACAAAGGAGAACUGCUCCCGGGUUUUUUCGCCACCAUGGGCCUCGAGAUGGCCGAAUUGACGUUGAAAACGGCCUGCACCAACGUGGAAAAGGCCACGGUUUAUGCGCAGUCAAACCUGCCAGAAAGUCCAUCACCGGCCGAUCUCAAUGAUAGACUUGGUCAAGUUUUCAAGACCAUGGUGACCGAGCUCAAUAAAGGUGUUCAAGAGGUGACUAUGGGCCUCAAAGUGCAGGGCCUGACCACAUCUCUCGUCAAGCUGAAGGAUAGCUUCGACAUUGCCGAAGCAAAUAUUCACACAAUGGAAGGCAAAUGCACUUUUCAGGACAACAUCGAGCAAGAGAUUAGUUCCUGCAAGGAGGCGGCGUCCGCAGCACAUAAGGCGAUGCUGGCAAGAUUCAGAGAAUGGAUCAACGAAGCGGCAGCGGAGCUCCUGACCAAAGUCGUUCCCUGGGACCAAGGGAAGCUGAAGAAAUUCAAUGCCCAGAAAAUCCCGGAGACGCUUGACGACAGUGCCUGA